ACCUCAACGCCGGCGCGCCCUCCCGACGCCGUCGGUUGUUGGGCCCCAAACGGCCAGCUGUCCUCCAGAAAAAGCACCCCAAGGAAAAAGAAUCAUCAUCACAGAUCUUGAAAUCAAGAUCUGGCUUCUCUGGAUUUUGUGUCUUCAGUAAAGGAGACCCCAAGAGGACCGAACAGUUCUUGAAUUCUAAAACCAUGGCCCACGGUUUGGUGACAUUCUCCGAUGUAGCCAUAGACUUCUCUCAGGAGGAGUGGGCAUGUCUCGACUCUACGCAGAGAGACCUGUACUGGGACGUGAUGCUGGAGAACUACAGUAACUUGGUCUCGCUGGAUUUGGAAUCACCGUAUGAGACCAAGAGUUUACCUACACGGAAGGGCACUUAUGAGAUAAAUUUUUCCAAACAGAACUCAAAUAGAAAAAGUAAAUCCCUUGGCCUUGACUGGAUGUGUGAAGGUGAAUUUGAAGGACCACAGGUCCCUCAAGAGGGAUAUAUCAAUCAAAUCAACUGUGGGAAAACGCCCACUUGCAAAGAAAAUACCUCUGUCCGACCACAUCAGAGACUUCAUAACAGGGAAAAUUCCUAUGAAUGUAAGGAAUGUGGGAAGGCCUUUAGCCGAGGCUAUCAACUUACUCAACAUCAGAAAAUUCACACUGGUGAGAAACCCUAUGAAUGUAAAGAAUGUAAAAAGGCCUUCCGUUGGGGUAAUCAGCUUACUCAACAUCAAAAAAUUCACACUGGUGAGAAACCUUAUGAAUGUAAGGACUGCGGGAAGGCAUUUCGGUGGGGUUCAAGCCUCGUUAUUCAUAAAAGAAUUCAUACGGGUGAGAAGCCCUAUGAAUGUAAAGACUGUGGGAAGGCCUUCAGACGUGGCGAUGAGCUCACUCAGCAUCAGAGAUUUCACACUGGUGAGAAAGACUAUGAAUGCAAAGACUGUGGGAAGACCUUUAGCCGAGUGUAUAAACUAAUUCAGCAUAAGAGAAUCCACAGUGGUGAGAAACCCUACGAAUGUAAAGACUGUGGGAAGGCCUUUAUUUGUGGUUCCAGCCUCGUUCAACAUAAGAGAAUUCACACCGGUGAGAAGCCCUAUGAGUGCCAAGAAUGUGGGAAGGCCUUUACUCGCGUCAAUUAUCUCACUCAGCAUCAGAAAAUUCACACUGGUGAGAAACCUCAUGAGUGUAAGGAAUGUGGGAAGGCCUUCCGUUGGGGUUCGAGUCUCGUGAAACACGAGAGAAUUCAUACGGGUGAGAAGCCAUAUAAAUGUACAGAAUGUGGGAAGGCCUUUAACUGUGGCUAUCACCUUACUCAGCAUGAGAGAAUCCACACUGGCGAAACGCCUUACAAAUGUAAGGAAUGUGGAAAGGCCUUUAUUUAUGGGUCAAGCCUUGUCAAACAUGAGCGAAUUCAUACAGGGGAGAAACCCUAUGAGUGUAAAGAAUGUGGGAAGGCCUUCAGUCACGGCCAUCAACUUACACAGCAUCAGAAAAUUCAUACUGGUGAGAAACCCUCUGAGUGUAAGGAAUGUGGAAAGGCAUGUAAACGUGUAAACCAUCCUCCAGAACAUCAGAGAAUUCAUGCUGUUGAGAAACCUUUUGGGUACAAAGAGCGUACAGAGGCCUCUAUUCAACAUUCAUUUCUUCCACGACAAGAGGAAAACCCGUGAUAAGACUUAACACAAGAAAGCCUUCACUGGUCACUCUUCUGCUUAUAGAAUAUCAGAAGUCAUACGAGAGGUGAAUUUGGAGAAUUGGAGAAAUCACUUUUUCUUAUUGAUCACAACAUACUCAGUUGUAGACUAUUUUCUACUGGGUAGGUUAGUUUCCUGAAUGCGUAGAAACCUUCCAAUACCAUUUCAUCUCUGUCGUAUUUCAGAUUUGUUCUAAGGUAAAACUCUGCUAAUGGAGCAUAUGUGGGAGAGCUUUUCUCGUGGUACAUACCCCUACCUGUUUCCAUCACCGUCCCACCUCUUUACUCCCUGUGAGGCACUGAGAAAAUUAGCUAUUACUCCCUGUGCAUUAUCUGUGAAAUGGGGAUAAUUACACCUACCUAAUACUGCUGUUGUGGUGAUUAAAUGAGUUUGGUACAUGUAAGCUCCUUGAACGUGUAUCUGAAAUAUUGUGUAAGCUCAAUAAAUAUUAGCUGUUGUUGUUGUUCUCAUUACCAUUAACGUUGCUAUUAGUGAAUUUUUACAAGAAGACCCCCUGCGGGUGCAGUGAGCUGAAAAAAGACUAUCAAACUUCUAGAAGAAAAUAUGCGGAAUUCCCUGGUGGUCCAGUGGUUAAGACUCCGUGCUUCCACUGCAGGGGGGCACAGGUUCGAUCCCUGGUCAGGGAACUAAGAUCCCACAAGCCGUACGGCGCAGCCAAAAAAAAAAAAUAGAAGAAAAUUCAGGAGAUUAUUGUCACAGCAUUGGGGUAUGCACCAUUUCUUAGUAUACAGAAGACAUUAAACAGAAAGUAAAAAGUUAUUAAGUUGGACUUCAUCAAAAGUACAAAGUUCUGAUCAUCAAAUGACACCAUGAAGGUGGUGAAAAAGCAAGAAGACUGGGAGAAGAUAUUUACAUAAACCUGACAAAGGAUUCACAAAGAAAGGAUAAAACGAAUCCUUCAAGUCAAUAAUAAAACAACAAAUCAAUUAAAAGGUGGAGGGAGACUUACAUAAGCACUUAAGAUCACCAAAUGGCAAAUAAGUAAGUGCAGAUGUGUUAAACGUCCUCACUCCUCAAGGAUAUGUGAAGUAAAAUCAUCAUGUGAUGUCACUAGACACACACCAGAAUGGCUGACGUUAAAAUUGCUUAUAAGCCAGUGUCUUUGUUGGAUGUUCAAACAUGGCCUGUUCAAGAAGGAACAGCGGCUUCCCUGGUGGCAUAGUGGUUAAGAAUCCUCCUGCCAAUGCAGGGGACAUGGGUUCGAGCCCUGGUCCGGCAACUAAGCCUGUGAGCCACAACUACUGAAGCCCGCCUGCCACAACUACUGAAGCCCAUGUGCCUAGAGCCCAUGUUCCUCAUCAAGAGAAGCCACUGCAAUGAGAAGCCCAUGCAUCACAAUGAAGAGUAGCCCCCGCUCGUCGCAACUAGAGAAAACCCGCACACAGCAACGAAGACCCAACGCAGCCAAAAAUAAAAAAUAAAUAAAUAAAUUUAUAAAAUAAAAAAAAAAGAAGGAACAGAACCAGCACACUGGACCUCUCCAAAUCCUGGAGGUCCUGCAACAGGGAUGGGAAGGUGAUGCUCAAGGGAGGCAAGUGGAUUUGCCCUGGGGAAGGGGCCAGGGCCUAGGAUCAAGUCCUUGAGAGAGCUGAGGGAGCAGUUAGACUCCGGAGGGACCUGAGCUGUCUUAAGAGGGUCAGUCCUAGAGUGAAGAAAGUGGGUUGUCUUGGAGAAAGGACUUGAGCCCAUGGUGGGGAAUCUAAGAGUAUGGGUGGGAGAGGACUAGAGCCCAUGGGAGUGAGUUUGAAAAGCUAGGGACGGGGCUGAUGGCCAUGGGAGGGCCUGGUGCAUUAGGAGGGAGAGGCUUGAGCUCAGACAGGUCCUGGGAGACUGGAGAAAAGGAGAGAGUCCAGCAGGGGAGCCUCUGAGAGCUGGAGAACUUGAAUGCUAUCCAUGAAUGUGGCCUGGGAGAUCUAGGGUGGGUGCUACAGCCAGUGGGAGAACUGUGGCACAGGGGAUAGCACUGUGGUUAGAGCCCAGAGGAGUGCCUUAUGAAGGCUGACAGAGGGUCCAGAAUCAGGUUGAUGUAGGCCUUAUGUUUGGUUUAUCUCAGGGUUGGGGUUACAUUUCAAUUCAAGUUACUUUGUCCUUGGGUUACGUAUACCUUAGUGUUAGGGUUAGGUUAAGGAUUUGGAUCCUCGGCAGGGAGGGAAUGAGGGAACAUGGAACAUAUUUGGGGGGAGGGAUGCCAGACAUAUACAGACCAUUCCACCAACAACAGAACACAUAUAGAACAUUCUCCAGGAUAGACCCUAUGUUAGGCCACAAAAUAAUCUCAACAAAUUGAAAAGAUUAAAAGCACAGAUUGAAACCUGACCACAAUGUAAUGAAACUAGAAAUCAACAGAAGGAAAACAAGAAUACUGUAUGAAAAUGAAACCACACACUCUUAAGCAACAGAUAGGUGAAAGAAAAAAUCAUAAGGGAAAUUAGAAAAUACAUAGGAGUGAAAACCAAAACAAACCACAACUUACAGGAUGCCGUGAAAGGCACGCUCAGAAGACAGUUUAUGGCAGGAAAUGCCUACAUUGAAAAAGAAGAAAGAUAGAUAUCUCAAAUCAAUAAACUAACUCUACCUGGUAAGAAGCUAAAAAAAAGAACAAACAAAACCAAAAGCAACAGAAGGCAGAAAAUAAUAGGGAUUAGAGUGGAGAAAAAUGAAAGAGAAUUUUUUUAAUGAUACAAAGAAUCAACAGAACCAGAAGUUGGUUCUUUGAGAAGAUAAACAAAAUGAGCAAACCUUUAGCUAGAUUGACCAAGGCGGGAAAAAAGCGAUUAUGCAAAGAGAAGUCAAAGAUCACUAGAAAUGCUUCCAGUCUCUUCUAGGUAUGUGUGGCUAAGGUGAAACAUCACAAAAGCAAAGAAACUUGAACGCAUUGACAUUGCAAAUAAACAAUAAACCUGAGUGCAUUCAGUUACACCAGACCAGGGUUCGCCAGAGUUUUUCUGUUGAGGGCCAAAUAAUGUUUUAGGUUUUGCAGGCCACAUAUGCUCUGGACCACAUGUUCCUCUUUUAUUUUAUUAUUAUUAUUUUUUUUACAACCUUUUAAUAAAAACCACUCAGCCUCUAAACCAAACAGAAUCAGAGCCACAAUCAAGAUUUGAGCUAUGGACCAGAGUUUACCUGACUGCUGCACUAAACCAAUAGGUAAGCAUGGGAAAAGAUUCUAGGUCAGCAUUAUCCAGUUUGGUAACAAACAGCCACAUAAAAUCUUGAGCACUUGAAAUGUGGCCAGGUGGUAAAGUAAGUGUAAAAUACACACUGAGAUUUGAAGACUGUUCAGAAAUAAAAAGGGUGA